UUCGAAUUGAUCAGGUGGUGAAAAAGCUGUCGGUUGGGAUUUUUUUCGGAUGCAUCUAGUUUGACUAGAGCUUGCAAAAGGGGUGCAUUAGAUACAAUAGAGUCUCCCCCAUCCCUUUUCGUUUGAAUUAGUUCUGUCACGUUUGGUCUAUGAAUUGUAUUGAAAUUGUUUAGGGACGCCAUGCGCAAUCUAGCGCCAAGCUUCAAAUUCAGUAGUAGAUUAGCCUACAACGCCGAAAGACGCAAAUUCAAAGUUAGGUGUUUCUGAUAAGAGCGAUAGGGGAAUCAUGUCUUAGGAGGCCCCAGAAGCGGAAUACGAAGGCAUGACCCAUGCUCGCGAAGAUUUUGCCGUAAUGGAAGCAACAGUUACAACGUUCGGCAAGCAGAGAUUUGUCGCCGUUUCCAAAGCUCUAGCGCUUUUUAUUUUCAUUCUUUUCGUGGGAUGUAUCAUCGGGACGGCGCUUUUAGUCUAUCACUUAUCGUCAUGUCAGCCGAUUUCCAAGUUUGAAGAAACCACUUUGAUAGUCUACGACAAGCACUCGGACUUGGAAGUUACAACGACGAGUGAAGAAGUCGUAACGGAAUCAGUGUCCACCACAACUGAAGAAAUAAAGACUGAAGAAUUGGACGUGAGACUACCUAGAUCGGUCAAACCGCAUUCUUACGCCAUCAGACUCAUCCCUUUUAUCGUCGAAGGAAACUUCACAUUCCACGGAGAAGUUACAAUUCUCAUCAAUGUAACUGUUACUACUUUUAAUGUCACGUUACACGCCGAUGAUUUGGCCAUAGAUCGCGUCAACGUCUACGACUUUAAUAACGAAAUACUUUCAAUUAGGCAAGUCACUAAUGAGACUCGUCGUCAGUUCUUGAUUAUCCACAUGAACGAACCGCUGAAAUCCGGUCACCAGUAUUAUGUCAGUAUUAGUUUUAAGGGAGUUUUGAACGAUCUACUCCAAGGCUUUUACCGAAGCUCUUACAGUGUUAAUAACGAACUCAGGUGGAUUGCCACAACCCAGUUUCAAGCAACAGAUGCGCGUAAAGCUUUCCCGUGCUUCGAUGAACCAGCUUUGAAAGCUCGAUUUCAAAUCAGUCUCGCUAGACUCAAAAACAUGACUUCGAUCUCAAACAUGCCCAAAAUUGGAAGUCCAGAACCUGUCAAAAACCUCCCUGAUUAUUUUUGGGACCAUUACGAAGAAAGCCUUCCAAUGUCCACCUACUUGAUUGCUUUCGUAAUCUCCGACUUCGACUGUCUCAAAAACGGGAGUUUCUCGGUCUGGGCCCGCCCCAGUGCGCUUUCACAAACCAAAUACAGUCUCCAGAUAGGUCCCCAAAUUUUACAAUUCUACGAAAACUUCUUCGGCAUUAAAUACCCUCUCCCAAAAAUCGACAUGAUCGGUCUCCCCGACUUUUCCGCAGGGGCUAUGGAAAAUUGGGGUUUGAUCACGUACCGGGAGUCGGUUUUGCUGUACGAAGAGAAGGUUUCAAGUAAAGCGAGUUUGCAAAGGAUUGCUCAUGUGAUAGCGCAUGAAUUGGCGCAUCAGUGGUUUGGUAAUUUGGUGACUCCCGUUUGGUGGUCGGAUCUGUGGUUGAACGAAGGGUUUGCGACUUAUGUGGAGUGUUUGGGGGCCAAUGCGGUCAAUCCGCAUUUGAAAGAGUUGGACCAAUUUGUGAUUAAUGAGCUUCACGGGGCUUUGGUUUUGGACGCUUUGAGGACUUCGCACCAAAUAUCGAUCAAAGUGAAUAAUCCGGACGAGAUCAACGAUAUUUUUGACCGAAUCUCGUACUCCAAAGGUGCUUCAAUUUUGCGAAUGAUGCAACAUUUCCUAUCAAUGCGAGUGUUCCAAAAAGGCUUGAACAGGUAUUUGAAAAGCCGGAUGUAUAGUAAUGCGGAACAGGACGACUUGUGGCACACCCUGACUUUGCAAAGUCACGAAGAUAAAGUUCUUGACCAAAACGUAACAAUUAAGGAGAUUAUGGACACUUGGACACUACAAACUGGUUUUCCGCUAGUCACAGCUUACAGGAACUACGAAAAUGAUUCAAUCACUUUCACCCAAGAACGUUUCCUAGUUAAUGACGAUGACCAAAGGUCAAAGUCGGUUUUGUGGUGGAUACCAAUCACUUACACCAACCCCAAAAACGUUCUCCGUUCAAAUUGGAUGCGUAACGAACAGAUUUUGACAAUCCAUGAGUUAAAGCAACCGAAGAACCAUUGGUUACUUGUCAAUGUUAACCAAACGGGUUACUACAGAGUGAAUUACGAUUCAAGAAACUGGAAUUUGAUUGUGCAACAACUGUUGAAGAAGAACGGCCAUUUGGUCUUUGACCCCAAAAACCGGGCCCAACUUCUGGAUGAUGCUCUUCAUCUCGCGUCGGUUGGUUACCUCGACUAUAACAUUGCUCUAAAUGUUACCAAAUAUUUGAAACAAGAACGGGAAUACGUCCCGUGGAAAGCUGCUCUGACUAGUUUGGACUACUUGUACCAAAUGUUUGUACGAACGGCUCAUUUCGACAAGUAUAAAAAAUACCUUCUCGACUUACUGAACGAUUUUUACCACGAGCUGGGUUUCAACGAAAGCGAAAACGACCAACAUUUGACUUCAUACAAUCGUUUAGAAAUCAAUAGUCGGGCUUGCAGAUUAGGGGUCCGUGAUUGUAUUAUCAACGCGGUUCAACAGUUUGAAUCCUGGAGGAACUCUCCAGACCCUGACAAACGCAACUUGAUAUCGGAAAAUCUGCGCGAAAUUGUAUACUGCACUGCUAUCAGUGUCGGAGGCCAGGAAGAGUGGGAUUUUGCGUGGAAGCGCUACCUGAACGCCAACGUUGAAAACGAGAAAGAAACUCUUCUGAUGGCUCUCGGUUGUUCAAAAGAAAUUUGGAUUUUGAGUCGAUUUCUUGAAUGGUCUAUUACUGAAAAUUCGGGGAUUCGGAAACACGACUCAGCUCGUGUUUUUGCCGCUGUUACAAGUAACCCAAUUGGGCAACAACUGGCUUACAGGUUCCUAAAAACGCACUGGAAUCGUCUGAGGACUUAUCUUGGGGCGUCUUCCAUGUCAUUGAGUAGCAUAGUCAGGAGUUGCACGACCAAGUUCAACAGCCAGAUUGAAGUUGAUGAUUUUAAAAUGUUUGUUGAUGCGCGGGAAAAUGAGUUUAGUGUUGCUUUAAGAACAGCAAGACAGUCGAUAGAGCAAGGAGAAGCGAAUGCAAAGUGGAUGAUGAGACAUUCGGAGAAGAUUGUUAAGUGGCUAAGUGUUAACGUCUAUAAAGUUCUUGAUCAAAACGUAACAAUUAAGAAGAUUAUGAAUACUUGGAUACUACAAACUGGUUUUCCGCUAGUCACAGCUUACAGAAACUACGAAAAUGAUUCAGUCACUUUCACCCAAGAACGUUUCCUAGUUAAUGACGAUGACCAAAGCUCAAAAUUGGUUUUGUGGUGGAUACCAAUCGCUUACACCAACCCCAAAAACGUUCUCCAUUCAACUUGGAUGCGUAACGAACAGAUUUUGACAAUCCAUGAGUUAAAGCAACCGAAGAACCAUUGGUUACUUGUCAAUGUUAACCAAACGGGUUACUACAGAGUGAAUUAUGAUCCAAGAAACUGGAAUUUGAUUGUGCAACAACUGUUGAAGAAGAACGGCCAUUUGGUCUUUGACCCCAAAAACCGGGCCCAACUUCUGGAUGAUGCUCUUCAUCUCGCGUCGGUUGGUUACCUCGACUAUAACAUUGCUCUAAAUGUUACCAAAUAUCUGAAACAAGAACGGGAAUACGUCCCGUGGAAAGCUGCCCUGACUAGUUUGGACUACUUGUACCAAAUGUUUGUACGAACGGCUCAUUUCGACAAGUAUAAAAAAUACCUUCUCGACUUACUGAACGAUUUUUACCACGAGCUGGGUUUCAACGAAAGCGAAAACGACCAACAUUUGACUUCAUACAAUCGUUUAGAAAUCAAUAGUCGCGCUUGCAGAUUAGGGGUCCGUGAUUGUAUUAUCAACGCAGUUCAGCAGUUUGAAUCCUGGAGGAACUCCCCAGACCCUGACAAACGCAACUUGAUAUCGGAAAAUCUGCGCGAAAUUGUAUACUGCACUGCUAUCAGUGUCGGAGGCCAGGAAGAGUGGGAUUUUGCGUGGAAGCGCUACCUGAACGCCAACGUUGAAAACGAGAAAGAAACUCUUCUGAUGGCUCUCGGUUGUUCAAAAGAAAUUUGGAUUUUGAGCCGAUUUCUCGAAUGGUCCAUUACUGAAAAUUCGGGGAUUCGGAAACACGACUCAGCUCGUGUUUUUGCCGCUGUUACAAGUAACCCAAUUGGGCAACAACUGGCUUACAGGUUCCUAAAAACGCACUGGAAUCGACUGAGGACUUAUCUUGGAGCGUCUUCCAUGUCAUUGAGUAGCAUAGUCAGGAGUUGCACGACCAAGUUCAACAGCCAGAUUGAAGUUGAUGAUUUUAAAAUGUUUGUUGAUGCGCGGGAAAAUGAGUUUGGUGUUGCUUUAAGAACAGCAAGACAGUCGAUAGAGCAAGGUGAAGCGAAUGCAAAGUGGAUGAUGAGACAUUCGGAGAAGAUUGUUAAGUGGCUAAGUGUUAACGUCUAAGUGACUUUAAAUGUAUUACUGAAUCAAAUUGAUUUGAAUUGAAAUAGUCAGUUUUUUAUUUUUUAUAUUGUGAAACUUGAUUUUAACAAUCGUGUAUUUUUAAGUCAAAGUUGUACUUAGAUUCUCCUAAAAUAAAAAUUUUAAAGUU